AUGGGAGCCUCAAAAACAAUAACUACUUUGGUUGAAUACAAAAUUGCUAAAGACAAAAGGGAUACAAAGAACCCCAUCUCACCGUUUUGGGAAUUGGCUAUGAUAGGUUUAUUGCUUUCACAGUUUAUUGAUAGGACAUUGCCACUAAUCACAAAGCUAUGGCCAAAAUGUACAAAGAGGGCGGAACGUGUGAAACAAGUUCUUUCUGCAAACCUGGAUCACUUUGCGCAAAUCGAGAGCGUGCACGAGGAUAUUGAUAUGCGGCUGAGAGUCACAAGAGAGGAACUAAACGGACUAAUUGUGGAUUUGGACGAACGGAUUCUCGCGCCAAUUGAUGGAGCUCUUGAGAUGGCCGGAUUGGACUAUGGAUCAGAUUUGAUGCAAACGAGAAUUGGAAGCAAAGAAAUCGGCCGUUUCUUGAAUACUGAUGAGUCGAUUGCUCUUGGUGGUCUUUACCAAGCGGCUUUCUUGUCAAAGGGAUUCAAAGUGAAGACGUUCUACGUUGAGGAAUUGCAGAUAUAUCCCGUCCAAGUUCACUUCCAUUUCGAAGCA